AUGGUCAAGAAUUUACAGGAGUUUGCUGAAGAUGUUGGGAAAACUAAUGUUACCCUGCAAAGCAUAGACAGGAAGCUUAAGGAUGUGGAGGCAGAGCAGCAUGGCUGCAGCAAGAUGCUGAAGCUCCAGGCCAACCGUCUGGAUUUCAAGGACAAAAAGCAGGAGAGACUCGUCAAUGAAUUGAAGGCAGCUGCAGUGAAAAUAAAGGAACUGGAGGACAAUGCUGCAGUAGCAAAACUAGCACAUAUAGACUGUAAAUCCACUAUAGAAAUCAUGCAGAGGGAGCUGUCCAUCCUCCUGAACUUGUACCAGAGCAUGGCAAACGCCCACGUGCUUGCCAAACAGACAAAUGUCCCCCUGGAGCAGUUACCUUGGACAGAGCUUUGUGCAUUGUUGCAUGAGAAUAUUGAAGCUCUGAUCUUGAACUUCCACAAGGCUAACGAGAGGGUAUCUCAUCUAGAAUAUAUUUUCAAGCACAAGACUGACACUAUGAAUGACCUUCAGAAGAAUCAGGAGGAUGCUUUUGAGAAAAUGUCUGAACUGUUAAAAGCACAGGAACAUUGCUGGCAGAAAGAAGAGCAAUAUCUUGAAGAGCAGUACUCAAAUCGCCUUGCAGAAGUUCAUGCAAAAGCACAGGAAUGUGAAGAAACGGUGCAGAAAAACAAGCAAAAACUGUAUGGCCUUGAACAAAUCUGCCAGCAACUGGCCCAUGAAAACAAUUCCAUGACAAAUUCAUUAUUAGAUGCUUUCAAGGCACGCUCAUCCCUGCUGGCAGCCUGUGCGCUGCUGUCAGGGGCCCUGCGUCCUCUCUACGGCCGACUGAGUGCUAUGUCUUGCCAAAGAGACAUUCUGCAGGAACAGGUGAACCAGCACCAAUUAUUGAACCAGAAGAUCAUCAGGCUCCUUUAUGAUCUCCCUACUAUCGUGGAAAGCAACCAAGACGAAGGCAGGCUGAGGCAUAGAAGAGCCAAGUGCCUGGUUUACGUGUUCCGAAGAGCUGUGAUUGCAGUUCUGGCCGCUAACAGGCUGAGGGCUCUGGCCCGAUAUUCUUGUACCUUUUUCGUCUGGACAGAUGGCUCCAGAGGAAGCAAUGGAAUUCAAGUUUGUGUGGGAGAAUCCAGAGGCAGUCAUAAUUUGCAAUUCUGUUUCACAGGCUUUGAAGAGGAAGGAGAUGACUGUGAUGAAGCAGUUGGGUGGUUGGCUAGCUCUAACCUCUAUACUGCAAUAAUCAGUUCCAUCUCAGAAUUGGAGGGCGUUCUCAGCAAACAAGGCGAAAGCCUUAGGCGCUCCCCUGACCGAGCCCUGGAUCGGGAGAGUGCCCCCGUGCUGCCGGCGGCGGCUGGCCGCAGCUAG